AUGGGAAAUUGGUUUGAUUGUUUUAGGUCUGAUAAUCAAGACAACAGCAAAAGUAGUAUAUCCAAUUUGGAUGAUUAUAAACCAAAAUAGAGUGAUACAAAAAGUUAAAGCCACUAUGAUAAUGGGAAUUUAAAUAAAAGCCCAUAAAGUUUAAAAGUAAAUAUCAAACCAAAUGAUGAUAAUAUAACUAAACCUUAUAAGAGGAAGUUGAGGAAGUUGAGGAAGUCAAGUUCUAUAGUAGAUAUUAAAAAUUCUGAAUAAUAACUUGAUGAUAAACAUUAUUUAGUAUUAAUAGGGCCAUCUGGAGUUGGAAAAGAAAAAUUAAUUAAGUAAAUGAAUCUUAAAAAGAUUUAAUACUAUAAUUCAAGAUAUUCUUUAUAGGAUUUAAAAAAUUUAGCAAAUCGUUAAUAACAGAAUUUUUAAGAAGGAAUUCUGGAUGAAUAUGUCAUUGUUGCUACACCUUCUUUAGAAUUAGAUGAUGAUAUAAACAUAAGAGAAAUUUUUAUAAAGGAAUUUUAGGAAUAUUUUGCUAAUAGAAAAUAUAUAUCAAGUUUUGGAAUAGUUGUUAAUUUCGAAAGAACUGAUUUAAUGAAGAAAAAAGUGCUAUAAGUUUUAAAAUAUCUAAGAAAAUUUAAAGAUAUUAUAUCAAUUAUAGUUGUAAACAUGGAAUUAAGUGACAAUGUAGAUGAAGAUAAAAAACAUUUGAGAGAUAGUUUUAAACAUAUGGGAUGUCAUCGAAUAUUAUUUAUUAGUAAAGAAAUGAAACAGAAACAAAUUUUAGAAUAAAUAUAGGAAAUUUAAUUUAUCAAAACACAUAUUGAUCUAACUGAUACCAUUUUUGAAAGUAUUGAUAUUAUAGAUUAGCAUCGAAUUUAAAGUGAGUUUAUUUCUUAAAUUAUUCAAUGUUAGAUUAGAUCUUGA